AUGCAGCUCGUUAGGGUCGGUUAUCAACUUUACUUUCAGUUAUAUUCGUUUGAUGAUAUUUACGCUGGAAUAAUUGCGUAUUUGCUCAGAAUCCCACCAAAACACAAUGAAGCUUUCGUUUUUUGGAGUAGAUUUGUUGAUCCUGAAGAAUGGAGAAGUGGUAAGGUGCUAGCUGCUCAUGGGUAUCCGCACAACCGGUUGCUUGAAGAAUAUCCGAUGGUCCAUGCCGGUGAAUAG